AUGACCGCCUGCGAAGGCGUGAGAGAGUUUAAAGAUAUGAUCUCAAAGUUAGACCAAAGCCAGCUUCAGAAGACUGUGUCCUUGCUGACGUCAGACUCCGACUACUUCAUGGCGGUGGUAAGAAACAAGUACGGGUCUAGACGCGUGCAGACGCUCCUCGGGUUAUCAGAUGACGUGGACGCGUUCCUCUACGAUGCUAUCUUGCGCCGCUUCUUGGACAUCAUGACUGAUAAGUACGCGUCCUACGUGGCGCUUCGAGCUAUGGUCGUUUUCGACCAGGUGAAAAACCAUGUAAUGUACACGCACGUUCUCCACUACGCGCUCGACAUAGCGUGUAACCGACACGGCUGCAUCGCGCUCAACGAGGUUAUAACCGACGCGGAUGAUCCUCUCUACAGGAACCGGUUACUAGACGUUGUUGCGCGUAACGCGCUCUUCCUAAGCAACGAUCCUUCGGGUAACUUUGUGGUGCAACACGUGCUUAAACUGUAUGACUUGCGUUGCACGCGCAACGUGGCGGUUAGUCUUCGUGGACGUUGUGUUGAUCUGUCGUUUAAGAAGUAUGGAAGCUACAUCGUGGAGAAGCUCUUGGAGGCGGAGGAGUCUUUGUUUGUUGUGGUUGUGGAGCUUUUGAAGUGCGAUGUAGAUAGGUUGAUGAGGCUGGCGAGGAGUGAGUUUGGGAAUUUCGUGGUGGCCAAGGCACUGAGAGUCACGCAGGAGAUGGAUGGGAUUGAUCUGUUUUGGGAUUUGGUGCAGAAGCUGAUGCCUCUUCGCCACCUUUUGGUUAGGUCUCACGGAAGCAACAUUGCUAAAAUCUUGGAGACUUGUUCUAUAGAGCUACUAGGUGAUCAAAAUUGA